CCCACGUGUGUCAAAAGUAAAGUUAACUGCAAAGUUCAAAGCCGGUGUGCCGCUCUAUACUGAAAAAUUACGUAAAAAUUAAAAACAUGUCGGGAUUCUUGAGAGGUUUUUCUAAAAUCAGUGCAAUUUCCUUCAAUUCACUGAAAAAUGCCAACCAAGUGCGUAAUUUGAGUAUUCUGCCAAAGGCCACAUCCGUCACUCCAUUCACAUUGAACACCCGCACCAAUGUACAAAAUUUACAACCCACCGACGGUCUCAGUGCUCCUCGCUUUGCCAGCACCAAAAGUGCUAAGGAAUUAGUUGAGUUCCUGACGGAAGAGAUUCUUGCCGAGAAAAAAGCCCAGAACAUCAAAACAGUCCCAACUGCCGUAGACGGAUUCAAUGUCAACUUGUACGGAGCCGAUGUUGAACUUGUGAAACAAAUCGAUGGAGAGAAAAUCGUAGUAAGCUUCAAUGUCAAUCACACCGUCGAUGCUGACGAUGAGAACCCCGAUGUCGAUAUGGGAAGCUCGGAGAAACCCGACAUAGCAGAGAUGCGCAGCAAACCCACAUUCGAGGUGGACAUUAUUAAGGGCAAAACCACAUUGUCAUUUACUUGCUCCUUCAUGCAAGGCACACCCCAGGAGGGCGAAUACAAUGAUGUCUUUGGCAUCGACGAAUUGUGCAUCUUCGAGGGUGAAUGGAACGAGAAAGUGUACGCCGUUGCUGGAGACGUUCUCGACGGAUACUUGUACGACCUCUUGAUGAAUUUAUUGGAAGAGAAGGGCAUCAGCAAUGAAUUCGCCGAAAAACUAUCAGACUUCAGUACAGCCUACGAACAUGCUUCGUACAUUGGUCUGCUGGAGAAUCUAUCUAAGUUCACGACUCUUGGUGGAAAGUAGAGAAACAAUGGGGCGUGCACCUUAGGACUUCACAUAUAAUUUUACUAUUAUUCAUAGUAUUUACUGUUAUUCUGUAAUAAAAAUUAAGUAGGAAUUAAAGAUA